AUGCCUCCUGCAAAAUCCAUCUCGUUCGAGCUUCUCCUGGACGAGGGCUCAAAAACAAGAGCCCGGAUCCCUCUCAGAGUGGUUCUGAACACCCACGACAGCACAGAGUCCAUCAUAACCACUGUGAAAAACUUCUAUGGGAUAUACGAUGGGAACGGCGUGAGCUUCGAAGAUUCUUGGGGGAACACACUCAUUCCGUCAUAUGACAACCUUGUUUCUGAAUCGACUGUCUAUGUGCGAAUAGUGCCCUCUUCACAGCCACCCUUGACUGCCUUUCCACACGCAGCACAUGCCAUUGACACUGGCCUUGAACCAAAACGUCGUCCCAGUCUGGGAGAACCGUUCCAGAUGUUACCGCCUCAUCUCAGGGAGCAGUCGCACUCUCCUUCCAGACCUUCGUCUCGGUUGGCGAGGAAGCGCAGUACUUCUCCCACCCAAGGACGGGGGCGCAGAAGUGCGUCGCAACAAAAAGGACCUCCCAAUGUGUCCCUCAGUCGCGGGUCUAGCGCCAAUGGAAGCUAUCAUGAAGACAACGUCUACAGCGAUAGUGAGGCCGGGCGCAGUUCUGUGUCGGGUUCCAAAAGAGCCAGAAGCGAGCAGUUUGCAAGCUCGGACAUCAGUACUGCCAACGUCUUGCAGGAUGGCCGUCGUGGUCAACCCAUCUUCGACAGCUCGACUCUUCCGCUCUUCGUGCCGCCACAAGUCCCUGUCACUGCAUCUCAGUCCUCCAUAUCCCCUCAAAGACGAUCACUACCACAAGAGAUGCCCUCCCCAUUCCACCCUCCUGCGCAAAAGCUUUAUGGUCUACAACAACAUCCAGUCCUUUCACCACUGAGCCAUGGCCAAAUCUAUAACAUGGACGCUCCUGGCGAUCAAGGUGCUGGUGUUGAUAUGGCCACCCCUGUGCCUCAGCAUCAUCGUCGUCUGCGAGACAGGUCGAGCAUUCAGCAGGGUUACAGUGGAAGGCAAGGAUACCCUGCAAAUGGUGUACUUCCCACGCCGGAUCCCACCGUUGCAAGCUGCAUUUCAGACGAAGACGUCGCGCGCACGCUGAUUGCACUGGGUGACGCAUCCAACUACUCGCAUGGCCGUACAUCGAAUUCGACCAUCGACGAAACUUUCAGCGGCGCGGCAGAUGCGGCAUCCUCAACGGGAGCGACCAGUGACAGUGACGAAUAUAGUGAUGCAGAGGGCGGCCUCCCGAAGCACCGUAAAUACCUUGAGGAGGGGGACGUGGAUGACGAAUAUGACCAGGAGAGCGUCAUUCGUAACCACGAUGAAUAUGAUGGACCACCCAAGACGAAGAAGAUCAAGACUAAGAUGCAUGAUGGGCCUACUAAUGGCUAUCUCUCCAAGCCAGCUUCGCUGAAGAAUAACAAGUCGGCCAAAGUCCGCUCCAGCACUCUCCCCAAGCCAGCCAAGCCGGCGGUAGAGCCAGGUCUGAUGAAAGCCCCAUCUGCACCUGCCUCAAGUGGGCAAGCCAGAAAAUCAUCGGGUUCAAGUCUGAACUUCCAACAUCCGCUCGGUGCUGAUGAGGAAGACCUUUCAUCCAAGCCUAGAUGUCAGCGUUGCCGAAAGAGCAAAAAGGGUUGUGAUCGCCAGCGACCUUGUGGAAGAUGCAGGGACGCCGGCAUUGGCGCCGAUGGCUGCAUCAGUGAGGAUGAGGGUAGUUCUCGAAAGGGGCGAUACGGCCGGCACAUGGGAGUUGCGGUCAAGAAAGCCGGCGACCAUGCAGAGGAUGAUUCCAACAGUACUUCGACGACUCUGCUGGCCGAGGGUAUCACGGGUCAUGGCAGCCCAGACAAGAACAAGAAGAGAAAGAGAUGA